AUGCGUCAUCCGCCAUACCACCUGCUCAGCAACCUCCAACCACCACACUCGUCAGAUGUCAAGGCAGUUCUCGCUAUAGGUAGCGACCUCUUGGCUUCUGCUUCAAGAGACUCGACUGUCGCUGUAUGGAAGCGGCAAAGCUCAGAAGAAACGAACGAUCCUCGUCAGCCAUUGCAGCUGCAGGCGCUGUUGGGCGGUCAUGACGCAUACGUCAACUCGUUGGCUCACAUUCCAGGCAAGGAUGAGGAUGUAGGACUGCUGGUAUCGGGUGGAAACUCGUCUCUUAUCCUUUUGCAUUCCUUGGAUACUCUGGCGCCCGAUGCUCAACACUGUCUUAUCGGUCACGCCCUGAAUGUCUGCGCACUGGCAUUCAACCCAAAGCUGGGCAAGCUCCUCAGCGGAAGCUGGGACUGUUCGGCUCGAGUUUGGUCCCAGACACAAGACGGUUGGGCCUGCGAUGCCGUCUUGGAGGGUCACGAACAAGCGGUGUGGGACGUGCAAGCUGUAGACGACGGUCGAUAUUAUGGAUCGUAUCUUACAGGCUCUGCCGACAACACGAUCCGCCUGUGGAGCGCGACUGGAGAGCAGCUUCAGAGAUUCAAGGGCUCUCCCGAGCCAGUCCGAAGCCUGGCGAUGCUCCCUGGUGGAGAUGAGUUCGCAAGUGCUUGCAAUGACGGUAUUAUUCGCAUUUGGGACAUGAGUGGCAACAUUUUGGCUACGCUCGAAGGCCACUCCGACUACGUUUAUCAAGUCCGCUACAGCCCUACUGGACAUCUAUUCUCAUGUGGAGAGGAUCACACUCUGCGUGUAUGGAAUCGACAAGGGCAACAGGAGAGGGUAUUGAAACACCCUUGCACAACUGUGUGGACCGUUACCAGCUUUUUGGACGGUCUUGUGGUCACGGGUGGAUCAGACGGUGUUGUGCGAGUUUGGGAUUAUAGUGCCGAGUCGUCGUUGCAAGACGAAACAGGCCCUCAGCCGACCGAGUCAAACAUAACGAAUGGAGCACAAGACGUUUCUCAACCGGUCGACAACCCAAAGACAGAUGUCACUCCCAGUCAGGUGCAGCGGCUCGUCAUUAACAUUGAUUUGGCCGACGACCAGCCCACAGUUCCACUCGUCUUUCAAAGCGAUCAGGACCCACAUGAGGCAGCCAUCGCCUUUGGUCAACAACACGGACUGAGCCAGUCAUAUAUUGAUCGUAUCGAGGAGUUUGUGGCCAAUCACGUUGGAGGGACUCAUGAAGGUCAGGACAGAUAA